AUGGCGGCAUUGAUGGGCGUGGAGGAGCGCGCCGAGACGCUGCGGAGCACCGCCGAGGAGCUCGUCGGCGAGGACGAGCUGCUCCCGCUGCUUCACGGCAACCCCAGCCCGGUCUGCCUCGACAGCUUCGAGCCCUCCGUCUCCGGCCGCGUGCACAUCUGGCAGGGGGUUGGGAAGGUGAUCAAUGUGAACAAGAUGGUCAGGGCCGGAUGCAGAGUGAAGAUCCUCAUAGCCGACCAGCGGACCGGACUGAAGGAUUUGAGCGAGAUCAGGGCCGCCGGUCGCCGCGCGAUCGAGGUCUGGAAAGCCCUGGGCAUGAGCUCGGACGGGAUGGACUUCCUCUGGUGCUCCGAGGAGACGAGCAGACGCGCGCACGAGUACUGGCCGCUCGUGAUGGGGAUCUCCCGGAACCACAGCGUCAGAUGGUUAGCGAGCUUGCAUGCGGAUCCGGACAAUGUGGCGGGUAACCAGCUCUUGGAGCCCAUCAUGAAGUGCGCUGACACGCUCUUCCUCGAGUUGCCAUUUCUCCCCUUUGGAGUUGCAUCAGUAAAGUCCUCCUCUUCCAUGUCAAGAAGGUGCUCUUCUUGUGUUUCGUAUCCUUGA